AUGACAUCCAAACCACAACCAGUGGCUGUUGAAACGCCCACACGAGGAGAAGCAUCUUAUGAAGAAACACACGUCCACAAAGUCUAUGAGGAAAUAGCUAGUCAUUUCAGCGAGACACGCUACAAGCCAUGGCCUGUGGUCGAGACAUUCCUCCAUAGUAUGCCCACAGGAAGCGUAGGAGCCGACGUUGGUUGUGGCAAUGGCAAGUACAUUGGCGUCAAUCCCAAUAUUUUGAUGCUCGGAUCGGAUCGGAGCAGCAACCUGAUCAAGAUUGUACAAGAACGAGGAUUUGAAGGAAUGGUUGCAGAUGGAUUGGAUCUACCUUAUCGUGAUAAUGCUUUUGAUUUCGUCGUUUCUAUUGCUGUCAUUCAUCAUUUCGCAUCACCUGAACGACGACAAGAAGCUCUCAAGGAGCUAUUACGGAUCACACGCCCUGGUGGCAAGAUAUUAGUCUUUGUAUGGGCCCUUGAGCAAACCAAGUUCAGCAAACGCAACUUUGAACCAGGCAAACAAGAUGUAUUUGUACCAUGGAUGUUGAAAUCAGACCCAUCCAAGGUCUAUCAGCGAUACUAUCACCUCUUUCAACAAGGCGAGCUCGAUCAGCUUUUCAAAUCAAUAUCCAAUGUCACUAUUGAAACUUCUGGUUAUGACCGUGACAACCAUUAUGUAAUUGCCAUCAAGGAAGAAUAG